GGAUUUACAUAUGUCACUGCACACUGUCAUUAGUUGCCAAAUCGUUUCAAAUCAAUCAUUAAUCAAAGAAAAAUGCAACUCUAGAAGAUCAACUUAUCACCCAGUUGCUGUUUUGUGUAGGUGGGCUGAUUGUAUUGAGUUGAACGAAUGUAUUUUCGUGGCUUAAAAGGAAUUGGAGAAUCAAAAAAGUUUAUGGAGGCGCAAAUGAUCGGUGACAAGAUUCAUAAUUUGCGCCUACACCCGUGACAGAUUCGUCUUAAAAUAAAUUUGGGAACUGGCCAGUUCUUUUGUCAUCAUGACUACAUCGCAAACAGGAGAUGAUUGUCACACUAACGACCCAAAUAACUUAUUUCCGAUUGAAUCAUUACGAUUCCCAUUAGAUAAUUCUAUGCGCAUUAUAUUUACUGGUUAUUACAAUGGGUUUAGUGUAGAAGUGAGGUCAGUUGAUGAAAUGGCUCUUCUGUAUCAUAUGGGAUGCUUUGGCAAAGGUACAGCAUCAAGAUCUAAGCCUAGAGCUGCACAAAGUGAUGGUAGCCCUUCUAUAAUUCGCAAGAGACAGUUCCUUAAAAGAAAUUAUUGGUAUAAGAAGUUUGCUGAUCCUCGCCAAACAACAGAAGGUGGCAUGUUUCUUAAAGAGGUUAAGGAACUAAGUAAUAAAAUAAUGCAUGAUAGCAAGGCAUUAAAUAGGAAAGGUGUGAUUGAUUUAGUUUCCAGUGAUGAAGAUGUGAGUACCGGCAAUGAGGAACUCUCUAAUGAAAUGGGAGGUUUUCAACCAAAUGAGAAAGACAAUAUUAUGGUCAUAGUGCCAAAUAGCGAUUCAGAAGAUGAUAAUUAUUUUGCUAAAUUGAAACCUAAAUGCUGCCUUAACAGAAUAAAGUUGCAAGAAAAACUAAUGCUUACUUUGCAGGAAGCUUUUUUCUUAUUAUAUGGUCUUGGUUGUUUACAAAUAAUUACCUCUGAUAAUAAAUUGUUGAACAUUCAAGAGAGCUGGGAUACUUUUGUGCAUUCUGAUAAGGAUUUUAUCCCAAGAUAUGUUGUAUACCACUACUUCAGGUCGAAGGGUUAUGUUGUGAAGCCAGGAAUCAAGUUUGGUGGUGACUAUUUGUUGUACAAAGAAGGCCCUGGAGUCUCACAUGCUGAUUACAUUGUUGUCUUCAAAUUGGCAUACCAAAACGAUGAUUGGCUUUCAAUCCUUGGCCAUGUUAGAAUGGCUAAUACUACUGUAAAGGAAAUAUUAAUAGCAGAAGUUUCUAGACCAGACAAACCUCAUAAACUUCCAGAAGACUUGAAAUUGUAUAGUGUAAGAGAAAUAUUGCUAAAUAGGAAAAAACCAGUGUCAAUAAAUAAUGAUGUUGAAUAGA